AACCAAAAUCCAGAACUGGGAUUGAAUUCUGUCAUGAAGCUUCUGGAUACAGUGGAUUCAUACAUCCCUGUGCCAAAACGUGACCUUGAUCAACCUUUUCUGCUUCCCAUAGAGCGUACUUACUCCAUUCCAGGUCGCGGCACUGUUGUAGCAGGUACCCUUGAACGUGGGAUUCUCAAGAAAGGGGAAGAAUGUGAAUUUGUGGGUUACAAAACACAUUUACGCUCAGUUGUGACUGGUGUCGAGAUGUUCCACAAACAGUUGGAUCAGGCACAGGCUGGAAACAAUUUCAGCACUUUGAUCCCGUCUGUGAGGUGAGAAGAUAUACGACGGGGAUUAGUCAUGUGUAAGCCUGGCUCCAUCCAGCCACAUCAGAAGAUUGAGGCUCAGGUUUAUAUCCUGACCAAAGAGGAAGGUGGCCGUCAAGCAUCUUUUGUGUCUAAGUUCAUGCCAAUUAUGUUCUCGCUGACCUGGAAUAUGACUUGUCGCCUAGAAUUACCUGAGGGAAAGGAAAUGGUGAUGCCAGGCGAGAACGUCUGCCUUAAGCUCGUACUGCAGUACCCCAUGGUCUUGGAAGAAGGACAACGGUUCACUCUCCGGGAUGGAUCUCGAACCAUGGGCACUGGAGUGGUCACUAAGAUACUGCCACUAGAACCAGGGGAUGAUUGCUGGGAUAGUUAAGUUGCAGUAGCUGGAAAUGGACAUGAAUACUUCCUAGAAAACUGACGACACUGCAUCCAUGUGUGCACAGUAGAUGAAGGUGGCAGUCUUGGCUCAAAGAAGGGGGUUCCACCAGGGGGUGGGAGAGCAAAGGUGAAAAUUGUUUAAAUAAAAAUAAUUCAAAAGUGA